GCACUCGGCACGGCUCGGGCUCGCGCUCGGGCUCGCCCCGCCGGCUGCUCGCCGCGCCCUGCCCUGCCCUGCCCUCCUCGCAGUCCCGAUGGCCCCCUGACCCCGCCGCCGCCGCCAACUUUUCCUCGCCGCCUCCUCCCCGUCCGCUCCCGCGGAAGAUGGCAGCAGGGGGAAGGACUGGAAGUUACAGCCCGAGAGCGAAGAGAUAAGGAGGCGGCGCGGGAAGACUCACCCCAUUUCAGACAGAACCUCAAAAUCUCAACAACAUCUCCCACUUUGAAUUUACACCAUCAGCAAGUUAUCAUUCCAUCAACAGCAAUGAGCUCCACAACACAACCAGAUGGGGUUUCUGGACGUGAACAGCUCUUGGCUCAGCAAAGAAUGCACAGUAUGAUCAGCUCAGAUAUGUUUUGUUGUUUUCCUCUCUCAGUGGAUGUGAAGUCGGAGGUUCCCGUGGGACUAGAGCCUAUCUCACCAUUAGACUUGCGAACUGAUCUCAGGAUGAUGGUUCCCAUGGUGGACCCAAUUAUGCGUGAAAAGCAGCUACAGCAGGAGCUACUUCUGAUCCAGCAGCAGCAGCAAAUUCAGAAACAACUGCUGAUUGCAGAGUUUCAAAAACAGCAUGAAAACCUGACCCGCCAGCACCAGGCCCAGCUCCAGGAGCACAUAAAGUUACAACAGGAACUCCUAGCCAUUAAACAGCAGCAAGAACUUCUUGAAAAAGAGCAGAAACUGGAGCAACAGAGGCAAGAGCAGGAACUGGAGAGGCAUCGCAGGGAACAGCAGCUCCCUCCCCUCAGAGGCAAAGAAAGAGGCCGAGAAAGGGCAGUAGCCAGUACAGAAGUGAAACAAAAACUUCAGGAGUUCCUGUUAAGUAAAUCAGCAACAAAAGACUCUCCAGCAAAUGGAAAGAAUCAUUCCGUGAGCCGCCACCCCAAGCUCUGGUACACGGCUGCCCACCAUACCUCACUGGAUCAAAGCUCUCCACCCCUGAGUGGGGCCUCGCCGCCAUACAAAUACACUUUACCAGGAUCACAGGAUGCCAAGGAUGAUUUCCCACUCCGUAAAACGGCUUCAGAGCCCAAUUUGAAGGUACGUUCAAGGUUAAAACAAAAGGUAACAGAAAGGAGAAGCAGUCCUUUACUUAGGAGGAAGGAUGGAAAUGUUGUCAGCUCAUUCAAGAAGCGACUCUUUGAGGUGACAGAAUCCUCGGUGAGUAGCAGCUCCCCUGGAUCAGGUCCCAGUUCCCCAAGCAAUGGUCCGACCAGCAGUAUAACAGAAAGUGAAACCUCGGUUUUGCCAUCUAGCAUUCAAGCUGAGCAUCUGGUUUCCCAGCAACGCCUUUUGAUACAGGAUGAAUCAGUGAACUUGUUGAGUCUGUACACGUCCCCUUCUUUGCCCAACAUUACUUUGGGACUUCCAGCUGUACAAUCUCAAAUCAGUGCUUCAUCAUCAUUCAAAGAAAAACAGAAAGGAGAGACCCAGACACUCAGACCAGGAGUGGCCUUGGCUGGACAGUAUGGGGGCAACCUUCCCCCAUCUUCAACUCAUCCUCAUGUUGCUUUGGAGGGAAAACCAAAUAGCAGCCACCAGGCUCUCUUGCAACAUCUGUUACUGAAAGAACAGAUGAGACAACAGAAACUUCUUGUAACUGGAGCGGUUCCUCUUCAUCCCCAGUCUCCUUUGGCAGCAAAAGAAAGGGGCUCACCUGGUGUAAGAGCUGCCCACAAACUGCCUCGCCACAGGCCACUGAAUAGAACCCAGUCAGCUCCUCUUCCUCAGAGCACUUUGGCCCAGCUGGUCAUCCAACAGCAACAUCAACAGUUUUUGGAGAAGCAGAAACAGUACCAGCAACAGAUCCACAUGAAUAAGAUGCUCUCUAAAUCCAUUGAGCAGCUAAAGCAGCCUGGCAGCCACCUGGAGGAAGCUGAAGAAGAGCUGAAUGGAGACCACUCGAUGCAGGAGGAGCGAGCUCCCGCCAGCAGUGCCAGCAUUAGGGCUGAGAGCAGCAGUGCUGGUGAGGAUGACAGAAUAGGACAGCAGGUGGGGGCUGUGAAGGUCAAAGAGGAGCCACCGGACAGUGAUGAGGAUACUCAAACCCAGCAAAUGGAAUCUGGGGAGCAAGCUGCUUUUGUGCAACAGGAGUUCCUGGCGCAUCAGCGUGUCCACCAGUUGCAAAUCUACCAGGCUCAGAUGGCUACAGUUGGCAUGGCAGGAUUAGAUAAACAUCGGCUGGUGUCCAGGACUUCAUCUUCCCCCACUGAUUCCACAUUACCUCACCCAGCCGUGGACCAGCCCAGCCAGCAUGUCUACACGACUGGUGUUGUGUAUGAUAGCCUGAUGCUGAAGCACCAGUGUAUGUGUGGCAACUACGCUAAUCACCCCGAGCAUGCUGGAAGGAUCCAAAGCAUCUGGUCGAGGCUGCAAGAAACUGGGCUGCUAAACAAGUGUGAGCGAAUUCGAGGUCGAAAAGCCAGUCUGGAGGAAAUACAGCUGGUUCACUCUGAACAUCAUUCACUGCUGUAUGGCACCAGCCCCCUGAACAGACAGAAGCUGGACCCCAGGAAACUCCUAGGAAGCGUGUCUCAAAAACUCUUUUCCUUGCUGCCUUGUGGGGGACUUGGGGUGGACAGUGACACCGUUUGGAACGAGCUGCACUCGGCCGGGGCGGCACGCAUGGCGGUUGGCUGUGUCAUCGAGCUGGCAGCCCGCGUGGCCUCCAGGGAGCUGAAGAAUGGUUUUGCUGUUGUAAGGCCCCCAGGCCAUCAUGCUGAAGAAUCAACAGCCAUGGGGUUCUGCUUUUUUAAUUCGAUUGCAAUUACUGCCAAAUACUUGAGAGACAAGCUAAAUAUAGGCAAGAUAUUGAUUGUAGAUCUGGAUGUUCACCAUGGCAACGGUACACAGCAGGCUUUUUAUGCUGACCCCAGCAUCCUGUAUGUUUCCCUCCAUCGCUAUGAUGAAGGCAACUUCUUCCCUGGCAGUGGAGCCCCAAAUGAGGUCGGAAGUGGCCCAGGUGAAGGUUUUAAUAUAAAUAUUGCUUGGACAGGUGGUUUGGAUCCUCCCAUGGGAGAUGUUGAAUAUCUCACAGCAUUCAGGACUGUGAUCAUGCCAGCUGCCAAUGAGUUUGAUCCAGAGAUUGUCCUGGUGUCAGCAGGAUUCGAUGCCGUGGAAGGCCACGACCCUCCACUGGGCGGCUAUAAAGUCACAGCCAAAUGUUUUGGUCACCUAACCAAGCAAUUGCUGAAGCUAGCGGACGGCCGUGUCGUGCUGGCACUGGAGGGAGGACAUGACCUUACUGCCAUCUGUGAUGCAUCUGAAGCCUGUAUAAAUGCCCUUUUAGGAAAUGAGCUGGAGCCUCUCCCAGAAGAUAUCGUGCACCAAAUCCCCAAUAUGAAUGCAAUUGCUUCUUUAAAAAAGACCACUGAAAUUCAAAGCAAGUACUGGAAGUCAGUGGAGCCAUACUCUGUGCCAGUGGAUUGUGCUCUGGCUGAGUCUCAGAAACGAGAGAGGGAGGAGACAGAAACGGUGUCUGCUAUGGCCUCCCUUUCAGUGGAUGUUGAGCAGUGCUUUCCUCAGGAAGGCAGCAGAGCUGCUGGCGAGCCCAUGGAAGAAGAGCCAGCCUUGUGAAGUGCCAAGUCCUCCCUGAUAUUUCCUGUGGGUGACAUCAUUGUGUAUCCCCCCAAAGCACCCUCAGACAUGUCUUGUCUGCUGCUUGGGUGGCACGGUUCAGAUGGAACAUAAACACUGGGCACAAAGUUCUGAAUAGCAGCUUCACUUGUUCUUUGGAUGGACUUGAAAGGGCCCUAAAGAUUCCUUAAAUGUAACCGCUACAAUUGUAGAGUUACAGUAAAACAGGCUUGGGAGAAAGAGCCUAGAGCAUGCUUUUUAUAUGCUGUUCGACCCGCUCACCACCAUCAGUUGUGAAAUAGAGUAUUACAAAAUUCUACAUGAUAGAUUAUAGAUACGAGUUGCAACAGCCAGUGAAAUACUCGGUAAACUCCAUGAAUCACUUUCUGACACUUUUUACUGCGUAAUUUUUUUCAUACCAUGUUAAACUGUUAAUAGAAUUUGUUUUCUUUGCUCUGCGUAAUGAAAAAAUGAAAAAAAAAAAAAACCCUUCAUUUUACGUGCCGUUUUUUAACCCUCUGCAAUGAGUUCUUAGCAGAAUGAGAGAAAGGUGUGUAAACUGAGAUGAGGGAUUUUAGCUACAGGGAAAGCACUUCUUAUUGUACUAUAAAUCCCCCAAAGUACUGUGCUUGGUGGUGCCUCAUUUUAUUUUCCCUUUUCCUGGACAUCUCUCCCCAUUUCAUGUAAACUUGUCUAUCAUAAAAACACAUUCACGAUUCCCUAAAAUGAGUGACCUUCUGUCUUUCAAAGAGCGCUGUACCCGCCAUAGUUGACAGUAGCUCUCGCCAGAUGUGCAGCAGAGAUCAAGUAGUCUCUGAAAAAUAGAUGGCUUUCCAAAUGUGUUUUCAGUUUGUUCUGAAAUGUUUCUGCGUCCCGGCUCUAAGAGCAGCGAUCCGAAGCAACUGCGUGCAGAUCAUUUGAAGCUCAGGUGUUUCCGUGGAGUUUGUUGGGAGUGUUUUUUACAGGUUGUCAUGUGAAUACAAACUAAUUCUUUUAUGUAGUCCUGCACUGAGAGAGCUGACAUUGCUUAAGGGGCUUCAAAGGGUUUUGGCUUUAUUUUAGAUCCCCAAAGUGCAGCAAGACUUCCCUGCGAUGUGACAUUAGCUAUUUAAUUCCGUGUUUGCGAACGUAACAUAGAGUUGUGCCUUUAGCUGAUAAUGAACGCUUAAACUGUUACACGUGUUGCCUUACUGCUAGAGUAAGAGAUAGGGCGUGUGUGUUAGAUGACUUCAAAUGAACAAAAUUGUGCUACAGCAAGUUUUAUUUUGUUUACAACUUUCUCACCUAGUGAACCCUGGGAGAUACCUUGAAGUAUUUUGCUUGCAGUAUGUGACAGCUCGCUUGGCUUUUAAAAGCAAAUGAUGUUCAUUUUUAUACAUUUUCCAAACUCAAAGAAUAUAUUAAAGCCAUAAGUGAAGACUGUCAUGCUUUUUAUUCUGAAAUCUGAAAGAAACCUUAAUUAAAACAAGAUUCUGGUGAAGGCCAUGAUAUGAAAGAUAUGGAACAAUAUGGUUUCACUUACAGUCAGACUCAAACCUGUAAAUCAAAGAUGAAAGAUUUCAUUCAAAUAGAAUUAUAUAAUUCUCUUUUGUUACGCAGUCAAACUAUAUCUUUCAUGCAUUUGGGUUUGUUUACGAUUAGCAUUUUAAUUUUAAAGACUUUUAUUACUUAUACAAAAGCUCUCUGCUACAAGUUAGAAAUCUGAGGCAUGCUUUGAAAAGGGAAAUCUAAAAAAGGAAUGUCAUUUCCUAUAAUGUGAAGUAAACUUUUAUUCCAAAAGGCUUACUCUAAAAUAGAUAUAUGCCCCUAAGAAAGUUAAAUAAAAUUCUACCCGCCAUUUACAAGCCAAAAUCUUGCUCAUUUUAGUAAUGCAGAGGGUCCUAGCAGGCUAAAUUAACUCCUGCUGCAAGCUACCUUGCUUGACUUUGGGCUUCUGAAGGGACUGUUCACAUGACUGAAGCAAUCAGGGUUCACCCUGUAUUUUUAGCAGACUUGUGAUGGCAAUCUUAGUUGCCAUUUACUGCAAUUUUCUUGUGGUCUUCAAAGAAGUUUCCCUUCAAGGAAACCAAGGGCCAAGCUGAUGAGUUGGGUAAUUUCUAAAGCUUUUCACAUUUUGAAAUAACGUCUGCAAAAUUUUAAUUGAAUGCAUAGUAAGAUCAUUUUAGAAUUAACCCCACAAAUGCAAAAUCCAUUUGAGUCCUCAGCUUGCAUGAAGUGGAAUAUGAAUUGCAGUUUGAAAUGUGAUUCACAAACUUUACCAAUUAAAGUCUAUAUUCUGGAGUGGAAAUCAGAUAAAGCUGUCCUUUGUAGCUGAAAAAGCUUUUAAAAUGCCAGAGUAAUUUGAAUUAAACCACAUUAUAAACUCACACUUAUGCAUUUAUACAGGCAUACUCCUUGACAGACAACUAGACGUGCUAUUGGCUAAAGCCAGGAUCAUUUGGAUAAGCAAAUGUGCAAAUAAACUGCACACAGAUUGUGUCCAGAACUCUGUCCUCACUGAAGCCAAUAACAAAAUCCUCUUUGAUUUCAGUGGGAGAUGAAUCAGGACCUGUGGGGGUUUUUCUGUGUUGAGUGUAUGUGUGUUCUUUUGGUGGGUAUUUUUUUUUUUCAAGAACACCAUUACUUUUUGAUUAUGUCAUUACAAGGCACCGUGCAGCCCUCUGGGAAAUGAUCGAGGCUUAUGGUGAAUAUCAACACUUCCUUCCAAGCAGACCUGGGCUUUCCGAGAGGGCAGUUUCACUUGCUGCUGUUUUCUUCUCACAGUACUUUUUAUUACCAUCAAUAGCUCCCUAUGGAUUACAGUUAUAAUAUCUCCCAGUACUUUUUGUCUUAUUUCCAGGGAAAUAUUCAUAUAGAUACUCUUAAAAAUGCCCAGUUUUAGCUGGAUUCAACAACAGAUCUCAUGGAUUUCAAAAAGGUGUACGAAUUGCAUGUUUCUCUGUUUCUAAUAUCCAAAUCCAGAGGCCUAGGAGCAAUUUCUGAAGAAAUAUCACAAUCUCCUGUCUAUUAUGGACCUCUGCUUAGGUGAAGGAGAUUGACAUCUCUGAAAAAUAAAUUCCAGAUAUUUCUAGCUGGCUGCCAAAAUGUCAACAUCUUAGUUUAGACUGCUUCUAAAAAAAUGAGCUGAUGGGGUAAAUGAUGAUUCCUAUGUCCAGUGAGGAGGGGAAGCUGAGGAGAUGGCAAAGAGCCCUCAGAGCCAGGGUGACCCUCUGGUGGUGCUGGUGGCAUGGGGACUGCAGGUUGUCCUGCAGCAAAGCAUUGCCUUGCUGUAUGAGGGUUCAGGGGCUGUAUUCUGCCUUUGGAUCAAGAUUUUCCUAAGCCAGCAAUCUGCUGAGUCAGAAAAGCUACAGCAGCAAGUACCAUUGAUGUGCUGCUGCGGUCUAUACUCUUCUCUCAGUGUUAGAGACUGUGUGUUGAGCUAACUGGGAUUUUGGACUUCUUGUAUAUUGCUAGGUUCUUAAAUUCAUAUUAGAACCUGAAAACUAAAAGAUUAUACAACUCAGGAUAUUGAGAGAAAAAAAAAAAAAAUUUUUUACCUGAACAGUAAUUUCAGAGCUGCCAACCCUGUCUCUUGCUCUUUAUUUUUGAACUUUGUGUGUAGGAGCUUUCUGUGCACUCAUUUGGCUUUAAUAUAAUCUGCAGCAAUGAGCUAUUUCAUUAUAUUAUCCUUCUUCAGGCAAAAUUCCUAGCAAGCAAUCAAAGCUCAUAGGAAUGCUGCCGGAGUAAAGAGGAUAGUAUUAGUCUCUUUCUUAAUUAUGUUCCUUCUUAAUUUUACUUUCAGUAAAAAUUAAGUACUUAAUUUCAGACAAGUGAAUUUGAAGAAAAUAAAAUCAUUAAGUGAUCUUAAAUAAAUAUCAUAACAUUAAAUGAAAAUAUGAACUGCUGUUAUGUAAAGAAAGUUGACUAUUUCUUUACUUGCAAAAAGUCAACAACGAGCUGCCAGAUGUAAGAAAGUGGCAAAAAGAGCCCCCCUCUUCAGUAUGUGGUGUUUAAUUUGGUGUUUCACCUAAAUUAAGUCUCCCUGAAAAGCGGAGGUUCAUAACUGGAGAUGAAAUAUUAGAAAGGUUUUGCUGCAGCCAACACCAGAGGUCCUGUAGAGAACAAGAAUGUAGAGACUGCCUAAUUUGUGUAGACAGACAGCAGGACACUUUCGGGGCAAUGUGUCUGGGAUGAAGAAUUAGAGGGAAUGUUUCCAAAGGCACUGGUGGCUGUGAGACAACCAACUAUGAUUAACUUGCAGGGGCAAGGAGGUGCCCAGCAAGCACUUGCCAUCUGGGAAAUGCCCUGUCUCAUAAACACGCCCACUCGUAUGCAGACGUGAACCUCCUUACACAGACCUAGUCCUAAAUAACAACAGCCCUAUCUGCUGCCCUGAAGAAGAUACUGUGGUUUUGCCUCUAACACACAUUUCAUAGCAGGAAUGACAGAGGGGAUAUACAUAUAUUUUUUUCCAGUAGUAGCCUUUCCAAGAGUGUAACGGUGCACGGUUGUUUUAUUUUAAAAGGUCACAACAGAGCUUUGUGAACUAUUGUACGUUUUUUUACAGACUCCAUAUGGAAGUAAAACAGAAUAUGUGCAUGAAGCAGGGAGAACCUGCUAGGAAAGAAUUUCUCUUGAACCAAGCCUCUGCUACUUACUUUUCAUCCAAAAUCUGGAAGAAUUUGGAUUUUAAAUUAUAGUUUAAUAUUUAUAUUGUUGUGUCACUUGCUUCAGUUUUUGCCUGUAAUUGAAUUUGUCCUCAUAGCACACGAGAACCAGAGAAAAGAAGCUCAUCUUCCCUGGCAGAUGCUCCUGCCCUUGGUGUGGGAAUGCAAAUAACUUAUCUUUGUCACUUCUAGCAGCAAUUAAACGUUUCAUUUUUGUGACAGAUCCAAACUGGAGUGGUAUUUUAUGAGAAUGAUUUAGCUGGCUGUCUGCUGAUUGUUAAAAAAAGAAAUUGUGAAACUUGCAUUCCUCUCUAACCUCAAAAGGGACCCAUUUUGAUUUUAACAAUGUAAUAUCUUUACUUGAUCCGAAAGGUUUUUUUCCCAUGACAUCUUGUUACUAGCUCAGUUUUAGUCUCUAGCAAGUAACACAACAGAGAGUGAAGACCAAGGAGGACAUUUCAGAGAUUAUUAAUUAUAACUCCCAUAUACUAUCUUUUACUCUACUCUAGCACCAUGCUCUGUGCUUCUGUAUAUUAGAGGAGCUUAGAGCAAAGUAUAAACUGUUCUGUGUAAUCUAAGACACUCUUGUUAGGAUGUUAAUUAGCACACUGUGACUUGGGCUGCAGUUUAUGAGGAAUACGUGCUCCUGUGUGGAUGGUCAAGAGGCAAAUGAAGUAUGAAACUGAUGGCACUGGUACUGUGCAGUGAGAGUGAUUCUGUGUUAAAAUCUCCACAUAUCAUCCCCUUCCUGUUGGUAUGCCCAAAUGGCCGAAGGAAUAUUUGCAAUGUCAGAGCUGUAGGAUGCCCUUAUUCAAAGGCCACUGAACUCCCUUCUGUAACGGGCUGUGAAUAAGAGCGGGGAGGCAGCUAAUGAAGAAAUCUUUGCUGUGCACUAAGCCACAACCAAACUACAAAAAAGUUCAGGUAUAAAUCUGAACUCUGUCACACAUCCCCAUUUCUGAUACAAAGUCCUCGUUCUGCCUCUAGAAAAGUCUGUCUGAAAGAGCACUGGCACCAGUGGAUGUUUACCUGCUGACUUCAGUGGGCUUCAGAAUGGUUUAAACAUCAUGUCUUAUGUGAAAAAGUUCAUACGCUUGUUUCCUGUUGCUUAAUUUAUGGCUAUUUUAUAGUUCUUGAUUGGCUUAAUAUUCUGUUAGGAUGCAGUAGGAAAGCAUAAAGCAAUACCUGGUGAAGUCAUAACUGAAGUUUUCAACCCAAACUUACUGCUGUGGGAUUUUACAACACCAAGCUUUCCAUCUAGGGAUGCACAGCUGAAAUGUCUAUUUCUUUUUUUCUUUGAAAAUUGUUGUAGCUAUCUGUUUCUAUGAUAAAAAACAGUCCUUUUCUCAGAGCACUAAAAGUUUAUCUGUAAUUUGUCUUUCCAGGCAGAUGAGAUUCUAAGGGAUAAAGUAUCAGUGGGACCAAUCCAAAUGGCAAAAUUUGUGAAGGUUGAUAUUAAUAUUUCUGUGAGAGUCAGAGGAACCUGUGGAUUAUUGUUAUUAUUCCUGAUACAUUUUUGUAUCUGAAAGUAUCCAAUGAGUAAUGUUAAGUAAUACUGUGCUCCAAAAAUUUGUUGAUUAUAUAUAUAUGAGCCUUGGAUUGGUGUGAAAUAGUCCUCAACUGAGUUGUAAAAAACCCUUUUGUUUUGUGUUUUGUAAAAUUCUUUGGCUAUAGUCUUGUCCUAGUGUGAAUAAAAGCUAUUUGAAGUAA